UUCGACUACAAUUACUUACUUCGUAUAAAUUAUGCAUUUUGUCCAGAAAUUAUUGUCCAAUUUAAAUUAUUCUUUUAAUUACAAAUUGCUAAAAGUGAAAAUCUAAUUUGGACAAUAGUUUUAGGACAGAGUGAAUACUUAAAAUGGGAAAGUGGGAGGUGUUGGACUUGGUUGUAUUCUCAAAUGGGGAUUAUGUCAUAAGACAGAAUUUGAGGGGCAAAAUGUAAUUAAUUCUAAGUCAUAGGUUCUUACCAUAAUAAGGAGCUCAAACAAAUUGACGAAAUUGGCCCUUCAGUGCCUCGUUGAGACGUUGACUAUAUUAUACUCAGGGCAAACAGUAUCCAUCAUCUCUCCGACUUUCAUCUUCACUGUUUGAGAGUUCUUCGUGUUCCACCAAAAAGCUUUUAGUUGUGGUGGCAGCCGGCGCCGCCGCCUUUUCUUCUGCUUUGCCGCCGCAAUAACAUUACCGGGAAAGCACAGAGAUGAAUUCGGUUAUUCAUCACACCUUCUCCCCGGCGCUUUCUUCCUCGGCGUCAUCUCUCAUAGGCCAAAAUAAAUUCACGGAAAUCAGGAUGCAGAAUGUUUAUCUUCCAGGGAAAGGCAGUAGCAGGGUUGCAGUGAAAUGCGUUGCUUCUCCUUCGGUUGAGCAAACUGGUUUUUCCCCUCUCUGUUUCCUGUCUUUUGUUGUUUUAGUUAUUUGAAUAAUGUCAUGUUCCUUCUUUGGUGUUUCAAACAUUUUGAUGCCAUUAAUUGAAUGAGAUGUUAAUUAGAAUUAGAGUGUUACAAUGUUGGUUGUAUGGCGUAAUCAGAGGGUUGCUGAAAGUUGGACUUGUUGUAAGGAUAGUGAUUUAGCUAGAAAAGUAGAGAUGUACACUUAAAAAGAGUGUUCAUUUCAGUUUAUGGUAAUUUUUUUUUUUUUUUUUUUUAAGGACUGGUGUUUUCUAUUCUAAAGAUUGCUCUAUGAGCACGGGAUUGGAAGUAUUGUGUUGUAUGCUUUUUCACUUGUACAAUAGCCAUCUAAGUACUUAUUUCUGGAGUAUGCUGUAAUGCAAAUGAAACUCCAUGAGAUGAUAUAGAUACUUUUGCGCAGACAAGCAGAUUCGUUAUUUGUUUCUAGAAAACUAACACCUUUUCUGCUGUUGUAUGUAGCUUACACCACAAAGGUUGCUCGUAAUGAAAACUUAGCUAAGCUUCAAGCUGGCUAUUUAUUCCCUGAGAUCGCUAGAAAGAGGGCAGCACAUAUGUUGAAGUACCCUGAUGCCAAGGUUAUACCCCUUGGAAUUGGUGACACUACUGAACGUAUUCCGGAAGUGAUCACAACAGCCAUGGCAGAGAGAGCAAAAGCAUUAUCCACCAAAAAGGGCUAUAGUGGUUAUGGAGCUGAGCAAGGUGAAAAGCAAUUGAGAGCUGCUAUUGCCUCAACAUUCUAUCAAAAUCUUGGCAUUGAGGAAGAUGAUAUUUUUGUUUCUGAUGGUGCUAAGAGUGAUAUAUCCCGCCUUCAGGUCCUUUUUGGGUCUAAAGUAAGCAUGGCUGUCCAAGACCCAUCGUACCCGGCUUAUGUCGAUUCAAGUGUUAUUUUGGGCCAAACUGGGCUGUACCAAAAGGAUGUGGAAAGGUUUGCGAAGAUUGAGUACAUGAGAUGCACUCCGGAAAAUGAUUUUUUCCCAGAUUUGUCCAAUGUUGCUCGGACAGACAUCAUCUUCUUUUGCUCGCCCAAUAACCCAACUGGUUCAGCUGCAUCACGUGAACAACUAACUCAAUUGGUACAGUUUGCAAAGGACAAUGGAUCUAUCAUCGUCUAUGAUUCUGCAUAUGCGAUGUAUGUGUCGGAGGAUAAACCGCGAUCCAUCUUUGAGAUUCCUGGAGCUGAAGAAGUUGCUUUAGAAGUUUCUUCAUUCUCUAAGUAUGCUGGGUUCACGGGAGUACGCUUAGGUUGGACAGUUGUUCCAAAACAACUAAAAUACUCAGAUGGUUUUCCAGUGGCUAACGACUUUAACCGUAUUGUUUGUACUGCAUUCAAUGGUGCUUCCAACAUUGCUCAAGCCGGUGGUUUGGCUUGCCUUUCACCCGAAGGCAUCAAGGCUAUGCAUGAAGUGGUUGGUUUCUACAAGGAAAACACUAAAAUUAUUAUGGACACAUUCAACUCUCUUGGAUUUAAUGUGUAUGGAGGUGUAAAUGCUCCAUAUGUGUGGGUGCAUUUCCCAGGACGAAGCUCGUGGGAGGUAUUUGGGGAAAUUCUUGAAAAAACCCAUGUCGUAACUACUCCAGGCAGUGGUUUUGGACCUGCUGGCGAGGGUUUUGUUAGGGUCAGUGCCUUUGGAAACAGGGAGAACGUAUUGGAAGCCUGUAAAAGAUUUAAGGAGCUGUACAAGUGAACCAAGAAAGAUGGUGAGAAUUAAAAACUCAGUUUGGCAUUUUCUCAAUCCUGUUUCAGUUGAUGUACUAUCUUCAUUGUAGACGAAGUCUUAAUCCUCGUGCUACAGGUAAACAAGUUAUGAAGUUAUUGUAUUGUGCUUAAGCAUUCUUGUCCCAUGGACAUCUUCUGCUUUUCAAUUUCCUUGGCUGUCUGAUCACACACACACAUGGGUUUUGAUAAACUAUUUGCAAAGUUGAAACCGUCAUAUUAGAUUUUCGAAAAUUUGCUCAAACAAAGACUGCAAUUUUGCGGGAUUGUCGAAUGAAAAUAACUUUUGUAAAUAAUUAUUUAUAAAAAUUAAAUGAAUUGGUCAGAGUAAUUAUAUACUCAACAAUCAAUGACAUAAAAACUUUAUUCAUAUCACUCCCUUUUCCUAACUGAUAACCUUUUUCCUCACCUACCUCCAAUAUGAAUUCUUCAAAUCUCUUAAACAAUAGUAAGUCAUCUAGUAAUAAUAUAUAACAACCACCCAUUGUUCUAUAAUCCUGUAAAUUCCCAAACAAUAUAACAAACCCGGAAAAAAAAAAGAAAAAAAAUUCAAGAGAAAGCAUAAUAAUUAGCUAGCAUCUCAGAAUCAUUCAUCAUAUGUAUUUGUCGGGGAAGAUUUUUCGUUUUCUUCACUCUUUAAGCUUGAAAUACUUGUGUCGAUCAUCUCUCCUGGAGAGCUUCACCUUAAGCCCAUACUUCAUGUACAUGGUCAAUGCCAUCUUUGGUGUCACGGGAUGACCCUCCACAACUUUCACCUUGUAUCGCAGCAAAAUGGAGGCAGCUGCAAAUUUCAUCUGAUAAUAAGCAAAGUCUUUGCCCAAACACAGCCUAGGUCCUCCAUUAAAAGCUGUAAAUUUGUAUGCAGAUUCACUCAUGAACCUCCCAUCUCUAAGCCAUCUUUCUGGUUUGUACUCUCUGCAAUCUUUUCCCCAUAUUCCUUCCAUCCUUCCCAUGGUAUAAAUCGCAUAAAUCACUUUGGUUCCCUUCUUCAGCACUGUACCAUCUGGGAAAACGUCGUCUUCAAGGACCUAGAUUACAUUUUGCAUGAAUCUCAUCAUCAGUAAUGAUAAAAUGAAAAUACAUUUUAACCAGGGAUUAUUUGAAUUCAGAUAAGUAUAUCGAAAGUUAGGUGAUCAAUAUUUAUUUCAUGGUAUUGUCCAGUACACACCCAUAACUACUGCUACAUCUACUGAUACAUGUGUUCUGUUUAGUCCACCUAACUCUACGUGAAGUGUUGUCUUGUUGAUGUGUUACUGGGUUUUAAAUUUUGUACUUUGGGACUUCCAAAAUACAAAUGAAAAAUUAAAAAGAAAGGCCAGUUUUCAGUGACCUAGGUGGAACCAUGUUGUGUUGAUGAAUAAACCUAACUUCUUUGAAUUGUCAUGUCCACUUUUAAUAAGCAAUGUUUGUAAACCAGGACUUUUAGAAAAUAAAUUUCGAGUUUUCGACUAAAUGCGUGUGAAUUAUGUGUGUGUACAUCUGAAAGCGGUGAAGUAUCUAAGCAAUUUCGAGCAAUGAGAGGAAAUGGUGAUAAAAAUUAAGAAGACUGCUUUAAGUAACUAGCAGAGAAAGGCUUACCUCCUUAUGAUCAACUGGAACUGAUGGAUGCAAUCUCAAAGCCUCUGAUAUUGCAGCUUGUAAAUAUUCCAUCUUCUUUACUUCCUCAGGCUUGAAGAUUAC